AUUGGAUUCUUUGGAAGUACCCGCUUCCAUUCGCCGCCUUAAUUUCCCUCUCUAUGGGGAUUUCUCGUCCGGCGCGCAGUUUUAUGUAUUCACUGGAGUUAUGGCGUCCCUGUAUUGCAUUGGAAUCUUAGUCUUAUACACUGUCUUCAUCGAUAAAUAUGGCUCAAAUGUGCUUUACAGGAAGGCGGAUUUUGUACUGAGUAUUUUCAUUGUUAUCUUGUGGUUUAUCGCUGCCACGGUUUGGGCAAGGCAUGUUGAUCACUUAAAGCGUUACACAUCUGAGGAAGUAAUCAAAAGGGAGCUAUGCACACAAGAAAAUUGCCAAAUUGAAGCUCCACAAGGCUAUGCCGGCUUGAACAUAUCCUUGGUGUUUGGUUUCUCCAACGUUGCCCUCUGGGCCGCAUCACUUUGGUUUCUGUGGAAGGAGACACCAUGGUUCCGCAAUGCGAGUGACCGUGUGCAACAAGACUCCGUGCUGUCGGAAGUUGACGGUUCGCCUCUCUAG